GUGAUUCGUGAAUUAAAUACCAACAUUAUACAUAUAAAUUCAACACUACUCGUGGAAUAUUCAACCAUCAAUACUUUUAUUCCAAAGCAUUAUUCCUCCUAUAUAACCCGAUCAAUGCAGGCUACACUCUCAACGUGAAACCGAAACAACACACAACAAGAAUGCAAUCGCUAGAUCUUAACGCAAUUGGGAUGGGAUUGGGUGUGAAUUAUAAAAAUUUGGAACAAAAAGUGGGAGAGAAGAUGGUGAAGUAUGGGAUCAUCGGUGCCGGAAUGAUGGGGAGAGAGCAUUUGUUGAAUCUUUAUCAUCUUCGAAGCGAAGGGGCCGCGGUUGUUUGUGUCGCCGAUCCGCAUCUUCCUUCGCAGAAGAUAUCCAUGGAGUUUGCCGAGUCGUUUGGAUGGCCGCUUAAGGUGUUUUCAGGACACAAGGAACUAUUGGACAGUGGGCUUUGUGAUGUUGUGGUCAUCUCAACUCCUAACAUGACUCAUUAUGAAAUCUUGAUGGAUAUCAUCAACCACCCUAAAACUCAUCAUGUAUUGGUUGAGAAGCCCUUAUGCACAACUGUAGAAGACUGUAGACAGGUUAUAGAAGCUGCUAAAAGGAGACCAGAUAUGUUGCUACAAGUUGGACUGGAAUACAGAUACAUGCCUCCAGUGGCUAAGCUGAUAGAUAUAGUCAACGGUGGAAAACUGGGACAUGUUAAAAUGGUUUCGAUUAGAGAACAUCGGUUUCCGUUCCUAGUUAAGGUGAACAAUUGGAACAGGUUCAAUUGUAACAGUGGAGGUACUCUGGUUGAAAAAUGCUGCCAUUUUUUCGAUCUGAUGAGGCUGUUUGUAGGCUCGAAUCCAGUUCGCGUAAUGGCGUCUGGUGCUAUUGAUUUGAAUCACAAAGAUGAAAUGUAUGAUGGAAAGGUGCCUGAUAUUAUUGAUAACGCGUAUGUUAUCGUUGAAUUUGAGAAUGGGGCGAGAGGCAUGCUUGAUCUUUGUAUGUUCGCUGAAGGAAGUAAAAAUGAGCAAGAAAUUUCCGUUAUUGGUGAAAUUGGAAAGGGUGAAGCCUUUGUUCCUGAGAAUAUUGUUCGCUAUGGUCUACGAGUUGAAGGAAGAGACGGUGUACGAACCAUGAGAGCUGAAGAUCAUCGAAUUAAAUAUGACGGGCUACACCACGGUUCAAGCUACUUGGAACAUCUAAACUUUUUGAGCGCGGUCAAGGCUGAGGGGAAGAAAAUUCCGGCGGUGGAUCUGAAUGAUGGCUUGACCGCGGUGGCUAUUGGUGUUGCAGCACAACUUUCAAUUGAGAUGGGAAGAUUUGUUAGCAUUAGAGAAGUCAUUUCAUAAUUAUUUUUCCUUAUUUAUUACAACUCAUCCCUAUGAAAACAUAACUAUGGGCACUCCCAUAAUCUUGUACAUUCUAAGAUUUGAGUAUGUAGCCAUGUACAAGGUCAAAUGUUCUUUUGACCAUUGAAGCUAUAAACGGUUGUUUAUUGUUCUUCAAAGUUCUAAUCUCUCUCUAAACGCGUAUCUGGUCUUAUUUAUAAA